AGAGAGGCGGCGCGCGCGCACCCUGAUCAGGUUUCUCCGCGUGGGGCGGGUGGGCGCGAGCGAGCAGCAGCAGACUGCGGGAGGAGGCCGGGACCCCGACGAGCACCGACAUGGCGAAGAAGAGCUCCGGCAGAAGCUCUCUGAAGGCGCUGUUCUCCAGGAGCGACGGCGGCCGCGGCGCGCCUGCGCGCACGGCGGAUGGAGAGCAGAAGAAGCCGAAGCUGCUGAAGCUCAGGAUCAAAGCGAAGAACUCCCAGAGGGCAGCAGACGAGGGCCGGCACGCGGACAGUGCUUCAGAGUCCAAGAGUCCUGCUGAACCCGUGGAGGUCGACCACAUCACCACUCUGAAGAAGUCUUCCACUAUUUACGGGACCACGCCCAGAUCAAAAGCCAAAGAGUUCAGCUACUCUGAGUCGGAUCUACGGAAGCCCAAAAGGUUUGCUACCUUCUCUUUUGGCUUGAAAAAGAGGAAGAAGAAGAACGAGGAGACGCUCUCGAAAAGCACAUUUGUUCUGGACGAACAAGAGAGUCUCCUGGACCUCGCUCGGAGAAAUCUGGACCAGAGCGCCUCGAACCGGCAGUUCAGCUCCUCUCAACCAGAGCUGGACUCCAGCUUCGACAUUCCAUCUCCUCCUCCUCUGACCAAAAACCUCUCCGCGUCGUACUUUGCUCUCCCCGACCGCCCGUCCUCCUUGCUCCACAGCCGACCGCAGUCGGAGGAGCUCCUCACCGACUGUUUCAUUGAAGAAACGGUGAGGGUGCCCAUCGCCUCCAUCCCCGAGCUGCAGCUGGAGACUUCCAGCUCUGAGGAAACGGAGACCUGCUUGGCUGUUUGUCCCACUACAAGUUCAUCCGGCGCCUCUCUGAGCCAGAAUCCUGUGAAGCGCCACUCUGCGACAACUUCUGUUGGUCGGGUUUCCACGGCAACCGCAGAGCCCAUCUCUGGUACUUCUGAUCGGCCGAAGGCUUCCGGCAGAGAAGGCUCGCUUUCCCCAAUCUCUGAAAGUGUUGAGCAGAAUUCCUAUUUGUUCAGCCCAGAGAAAGUUUAUGAGUCUCUGUACGAGUCACUUUUUCCUAAAAAGUUGAUGGUCACCCCUCCAGCGUCGACAUGUGACCCUGCCUUAACCCGGGUUCCCACUGCCUCACAUGUAGAACCUGUGUUGCACGACCCCGUACCCCUCAGGAGCCAGGACUCCCUCAGAAAUGUGACUUCUACUGAGGGAAACACAGAUAUCAGCGCGAGCACCUUGUAUUCAGAUCCCAAGCUCCACGUUCGCCGCAGAGCCACGGCGGUCUCUGCGGGUCGGGACUCCGCUGCUCCUGUUUCAGACUGCGUCACAUCCCAGAGGACGGGGGCUCGGGUUGCAGUUUCCGUCACACGGGCAGAAAAGCGCUCCCCUGCUCCGGAGGCUCCGAGGAGGUUUCCAGGCUUGUUGGCGCCGAUGGACGCAAGCGACAGACCUCUGAGUCCGGCGUACCUGAGCGUGGGGUCGGACGAGGGGAGCACUGCGGACGUUUACUACAGCGCUCAGGAGGACAACGUAGAGGAGAGCGGCGAUGAAAUGUUCACGGUGAGCGAGAGGCAGGACAGUUUUCUGGUUGGAGGCGUGGAAGACGUGGAGACCAACUCCAGCAGGAUUGUUGGGAUGAAGCAGGAAGGUCAGAGGUCACAGAGUCAUCUGAUGAGUGAAGGAGAGUUUCUUUUAGAACAUAAAGAAGAAACCGCAGCACAAGGAGGAGGAGGAGGGGGGGAGAUAGUGGCACCACCUGUUCUGCAGGUGAACAUGAUGGAAUGUGAGAGUGUCCCGCCCUCCGCUGAGCUCACGGGGGAGGGGUCUGUCUCUGAAACGGGAGACGUCUGUGCCGGAGAAGCGGCGAGCCUGCAGGGCCCGUUUGUGACUUUUAGACAAAGGAGCAGUCCUGAAGAUGCACGGACCGGUUCCGUGGGCGAGGAGGAGGCUGACAUCCCGUCCGCGCCGGCACACGACGAGCUGCCAGCUGUGUUGACAGCAGAAGACAACCACGCAGGCUUAGAAGCACGUGCGCUGUCAGACACGCCCGCGGAGACCGCUGCGGGCAGCAGCGCCCCUGCUCUGCAUCCAAAGUGGGCGGAAACACCGGAUUGCCGCGCCGCCCUGCAACAACAUGUGCCAGUAGAGGUGCUGGCUUCACACCGGGGCGCCGGAGAGGCUGCAGAACCGAAUGCAGAGGAGGUCCGAGAUCAGCUGGAUGACAGGUUUCUCCUGGAAAGCCUCCUGACAUCGGAGUCCGAAUCCGCAGCCAUGAUGAGCAGAGGCGUCAGCAGCCUCUACAGCCCGCAGAGCCCCCGGAGCUCGCCCCCGCCAGCAGAGGACGCCCCCAACCACGACUUCUACAAAGUGUCCCUGAUGGAGGAAGUGGAUUCUGGGCCGGAGUUUAGGUGGAAGAACAGAUUUUAUGGCGUGACUCCGUAUAAACCCAGCAGCACAGAGGAGGAUUUAACUCCCUCCCCCUCUGCAACUGUUGCUAUUGGCAACAGGGACUCGGAGGAGUGGAGGAGGAGCUCUGAGUGGGAGGAGCCUGCUGCUCCUGCAGGUAAAGGAGACGAGCGGAGGGAGGGGGAGGCAGAGAGCCAGCAGCCGCACAGGAAUUCGGAGCAGCCGGAGCUCACCUGCAGCAGCCUAGGAGACUCUCCCCACAGCGGCGUCUUCAGAGCCACCCUGGUGGAGCUGGUCCUCGACCCCCCGGCCGCCCCCGAGUCCCCCGACACCGAGUCUCACAUCCAGCAGGACAUGGACAUCCUGGUGGACACUCUGAGGAGCAUGGAGCCCUCUCUGAAGAGGGGAAGCCCAGCCCCACGUCCGCAGGCACUUCCACCCCAGCACAUGUCCUCACUGCCCCCCAUCGAGGAGGACGCCACCCCUGAUGCUACCCCAAAAAAGCCUGAGGGAAACCUGAACAUCCCCAAGGACCUGGGGUUGGGGAACAGCAGCGCCCGGGACACUCGGUCCCCGCUGGAGCUGAUGAAGAGUCAGGAUCUUCACCCCCCAGAUGUGAACGGAAAUGGACCGUCCACGUUGACCGCCAGGUCGUCCCGCCUCAACCACAGCGUUCUCUUCAGCGGCCUCAUGACUACAGAGACCGACAACACGAAAGCCCACCUCCCUUCCAACCGCCGAAGCUCUCUGCCGGAGACCCGCCUCCUUUCAGCCAAUCACAUGGGCCUGGGAUCAAAGGAGCAGAGCGAAGGCCAGGCGAACCCCCCCGGGUCCCGGUUGGAGCGCCUCUCCCUCCUCGUCAACUCUCCUUCCCUGACGAAUGGCGGUUACGACUUGAACGCCCACCGAAUGAGCCUCCCCAUGAACAUCAGCUCCCCUCCCCACAACGGGAGCCCCACCCACCUGCUGAGCCCCACCCACAUGUUUAGCCCCACCCACAUGUUUAGCCCCACCCACCUGCUGAGCCCCACCAGCUCCCUGGACUUCCACAGGCCCCUUGGCAUCUCGGACCCUUCGAUUUCCAUGGUGGCGCAGAGUCCGGGGGUCCCGAGUGGUGUCCAGACCCCAUUGUUCGGCAGCGUUCACGCCAUGACUCCGUUCCAGCAACCUGAACCCGAGCAGAACUUGCUGGCCAAGUACCGCGCCUUCCCCGACGCUUACCUCACCAAAGAGAAGGAGCACGGAAAGCUCAACCCCCGUCCUGGAAAGAUGUUCAUCUAUGACCGGCCGGGGAUGUGCGGCGAGCGGUGGGAGGUUCGCGGUGAUGUCUUGGAUGCUACGUCCUGGGAGCUGCAGGAAACCAUCUCCAUCAGGGUGGUCCGGGGCGGGUGGGUUCUGUACGAGAAACCCAACUUCAAAGGGGAAAAGAUUGCCCUGGAUGAGGGGGACAUCGAGCUCACCUGCCCCUUCAACCCCCCAGAGGAGAACGGGGUGAAGGAGGUCAAAGAGAACGGCGGAGAAACGCAGGACGACCCGAUGGAGAGCAUGCCGGCGCGGCGGUUCGUCAUCGGAUCCAUGCGCAGAGCGGUUCGGGACUACAGCGUUCCUGAAAUCAGCCUGUUUCCAGAGGAGAACGGUGAGGGGAAGAAGGUGGUCUUCAGGGACACGUCGGAGGACGCCAGGAUUUUCGGGUUUCCCAUCAAGGCCACCUCCAUCAUCGUCAACGCCGGGCUCUGGCUCGUGUUCGCCGAACCUUUUUUCCAGGGCAACCCGCGGAUCCUGGAAGUGGGCGGGUAUCCCAACCCAGCAGCCUGGGGGGUAGAAAAGCCUUAUGUAGGUUCGGUGCAUCCAUUGAAAGUGGGGGAGCCGAGAGUGGAAAACCCGACGGAACCACAGAUGAUCAUCUACGAUAAACCGUACUUCAGCGGAAAGUCGCGCGUCGUCACCGCCAACAUGAGAGACUUCCUUACCAGAACCGACAGUCAGCAGAACGUCUUCAUGGGCAGCGUGGGGUCGCUCAAGGUCCAAGGAGGAAUCUGGGUGGGCUUCCAGAAGGAGGGCUUCCGCGGACACCAGUACCUGCUGGAGGAGGGCGAGUACCAGGACUGGAGAGUGUGGGGCGGCUGUGACUCGGAGCUGCGCUCUGCCAGGAUCAUCCGGGCUGACCUCGCAGACCCCAUGGUGGUGUUGCACGAGCAGUCUGAAGAGGAGGAAGAGGAGGGCAUGCUUGAAAACACCCUUGAAGCGGUGGAGGCCAUCCCCGAUGUGGAGCUGCUUGGCUUCAAAACCUCAACGCGCUCCAUCCACGUUCUCAGCGGGGCGUGGAUAGCUUACUCCCACGUGGACUUCUCCGGGAACCAGUACAUCCUGGAGAAAGGUUUCUACAGCAGCUGCGCGGACUGGGGAGCUGAGGACUCGCGGAUCUGCUCGAUCCAGCCCAUCCUGCUGGCCCCAUCAGGCAAAAUGACGAAGAUGGAGAUCAUUCUCUACUCUGAGCCAGACUUCAAGGGCGAGUGUCGCACCUUUGACCACAGCUAUGAAGCUCUGGCUAAGAACUUCCUGACCAAGUCAUGUCGAGUGUCAGGAGCGAGCUGGGGGCUCUACGAGGAACCAGACUUCUCCGGGGAUUUGUAUGUUGUAUCUGAAGGAGACUAUCCCAACCUACCUAGCAUGGGCUGCCCCCCUAACUUCCACCUCCGCUCCAUCAAGAUGGUGCCCCUGGCGUUCUCCGUACCCUCCAUAUCUCUGUUCGGCCUCGAGUGUCACGAGGGCCGCGAGAUUACCCUGGACUCUGAGAUCUUCAGUCUGGUCCAGGAGGGCUUCAACAACCACAUCCUCUCAGUCAGGGUCAACAGCGGCUGUUGGGUCAUAUGUGAACACACUGGCUACAGAGGGCGCCAGUUCCUGUUGGACCAGAUCGAAAUCACCAACUGGCCAAAGUUCAGCUCCCUGCACACCAUCGGCUCCAUGUACCCCAUCAGACAGAAGCGGCACUUCUUCAGAGUGAAGAACGUGGAGAGCGGUCACUUUCUCUCCCUCCAGGACGGCGCAAAUGAAAUGAAAUCUGGUCGUGUGGUGGCGGCGCCAGAGGCGGAGCCUCAGAGCGACAUCUGGUUUUACCAGGAUGGGCUGAUCAAGAACAAAUUGGCGCCCGCCAUGAGCCUACAGGUCAUGGGUAAUGUGGAACCAGCAGCUAAGGUGGUUCUGUGGAGCGAAACUCGACAACCGAUCCAAACAUGGGCCGCCAAGAUGAAAGGCCUCAUCAGCAGCCUCACAUUCCCUGGCAUGGUGCUGGAUGUUAAAGGCGGCAAGAGCUACGAUCACGAUCACGCGGUGAUGAUGCCAGAGAACGACGAGAGGCCAAGUCAGCAGUGGGAGAUCGAGCUGCUGUAGCCUUCCUCCACAGGAUCUGUUUCCUCUAAAUGCCGCGAGGCUUCAUGAACUCUGAAGCAGCACCGAUGCAGGAAACUCAAGAGAACCUUUUCUAGAUCUGCGCUCGCCGUUUUCACUCGUAUGAACAUCCAGGAUGCAGCACGUGGACUUAUUGUCAAAUAUGGAAGUAUUGAAACCAGAAUCUGCGUCUGAGUUCUCCUCAGCUCAGAGCAGCCGGGUCUUCAGUUCUGAUCCUGAAGGAAUGAAGCCAAACUAAUAGUUGACUGUUGACGGGAGGCCAGGUCUCAUAGUAUCACGCUGCACUUUGUUUUAGUCCAAAUGCUACACUGAUCUUAAGAAAAGCUUCAUGUUUAUAUUUGCUGAUAUUCUGUUACAGAUUGUAUAGAGAAUGAGGCUUUUUAAAUAUACAAUAAAAAUAAAGUUUAUACCCUCAAAAGACUGUUGAUU